CCACCCACUCCCACCCACCCCCAGCAGCCCCAGCUUGACUGGCGGCGCGCGGGUUGAGCUGGGAGGGUAAAGGCAGCUCGGGUGAGGAAGAGCGGAGGCGCUGCUGUUGCUGCUGCUGCCGCCGCUUCUCUCUGAUCGCCUCGCCUUCCAAGAGCGAGCGGUUUUUGCCAGGGACAAGGACCGGAGCGCUGGGGGCGAAGAGCCGAGAAAGAGCCGGGCUCUAAAGCGCCAGCCGCGCCAGCCAAGCUACCCCAAAUCGCGCGCCAUCGCCUUGUCUCCGCCAGGCGGCAUGAGCAGCUGCGACGCCAAAGAUUACCUGACCAGGAGGGAGAUCCCGCAGCUUUUCGAGAGUUUGCUGAAUGGAUUAAUGUGCUGCAAACCCGAUGAUCCCGUGGAGUAUCUGGAAAGCUGCUUACAAAAAGUAAAGGAACUGGGGGGAGCAGAAAAAGUCAAAUGGGACACUUUUGUCAGUCCAGAAAAAAGGUCACUGCCUCCACUUAAUGGCAACCAGUCAAGAAGAGCAUUUUUCAGGAAUGUGAUGCCCGACAACCCCAACUUUCCUUACCGGAGAUAUGAUCGACUUCCUCCAAUCCACCAGUUCUCCAUCGAGAGUGACACGGAUCUCUCAGAAACAGCUGAACUUAUUGAGGAAUAUGAUGUGUUCGAUCCAACCAGGCCUCGACCCAAAAUCAUUCUAGUCAUCGGCGGACCCGGCAGUGGUAAAGGAACCCAGAGCUUAAAAAUAGCAGAACGCUAUGGAUUUGAGUAUAUCUCGGUGGGUGAAUUGUUAAGAAAGAAGAUCCAUAGCACAAGCAGCAAUCGAAAAUGGAGUCUGAUUGCUAAGAUAAUUACAACUGGGGAAUUAGCCCCACAGGAAACCACAAUUACUGAGAUAAAGCAAAGAUUAAUGCAAAUUCCUGAUGAGGAAGGCAUUGUUAUUGAUGGAUUUCCACGAGAUGUUGCCCAAGCUCUUUCCUUUGAGGACCAAAUCUGUACCCCAGAUUUGGUGGUGUUCUUGUCCUGCUCAAAUCAGCGGCUCCAAGAACGCCUAAUGAAACGCGCCGAACAGCAGGGGAGACCAGACGAUAAUCUGAAAGCCACACAGAGACGCCUGACUAAUUUCAAGCAGAAUACUGUUCCGCUGGUCAAAUAUUUCCAGGAAAAGGGUCUGAUUGUGACUCUGGAUGCUGAUAAAGAUGAGGAAGAAGUAUUCCAUAACAUAAGCCUGGCUGUUGACAAUAAGCUGUUUCCCACUCAAGAACCUGGACCAAGUCCAUGUGAAGUUGACCUUAAUCUCAUUGUGGACCCAGGAGAGAUUCCUGAUCAUGAAUUUAACUUUGAAGAUCAGGCAUAUGAACAAUCGUGUGUUUGCAGGCCUGAAAAUUCAGAUUUUACAGAAGACCUGAAGAAAUCAAACAUAAUUUUUGUACUUGGUGGCCCAGGCUCUGGCAAAGCAACCCAGUGUGAGAAAUUAGCACAAACAUAUGGAUUCAUGCAUCUGUCCGUAGAAGAUCUGAUUCAAAAUGAGACAGCAUCUGGAAGGAGUAAGAACAUCAGAAAUAUAACCGAGAGUGGUGAAUUUAUAUCAGGGGAUAUUGUCACGGAGCUCUUAAAAGAAGCUAUACUUGCCAAUAUGGAAAACUCCAAAGGAUUCUUGAUUGAUGGCUAUCCCCAAGAGAUUCAACAUGGAGAACUGUUUGAGAAUGAGAUUGGUGAGCCCUCUCUGGUACUCUGCAUGGAUUGUUCUUCUAAGACUAUGAGUAGUCGCCUUUUGCAAAAAUGCCAGUGCCUUGAGGAUAAUAUUGAAACUAUCAUGAAAUGCAUCGAAGCUUACUACAAAACAGCUGAGCCACUAAUUGCAUAUUACGAAAACAGAAUCCCACUUUUUAAGAUAAAUGCAGAAGGAACACCAGAGGAAGUUUUUCUUGAGAUAUGCACUUCAGUCAAUACUUUUCUGAAGGAAUAGCAUCACUUUCAGAAUUUAAUGUAAUGGCAGUGCUGUAACACAUACAAGAAUACAGUAUUCUUUACAAAUGCUGUUCAAAGCAAUAGCUGCUGCCUUGGAAAAUUAAUGCAUGUUGUAAACAUUGUAAAAAUCUUUGUAACUUAAAUGGUAUCGUAAUGACACGUGUACUGUAUAUGGCCUAUGAUAGUUUGCCGUUCACAGGUUUAAAAAAGCCAGCAUGGUAAACAGCAGCUGAGUUUUAUAGCACACAAACAUGCUUCUUUCACUACUACAAGACAUACUAUACAGUCAAUCACAGUAUUUCCUGUCAGUAAGUGUUGUAACAGUGAAUUUGCUGCUGAACGCAAAUCAAUUUUUGAGGCUAUUUAAGCUUGCUCUUUUUUGUAGUUCUUGAACAGUCUGUUUUCUGUCAUUAUCUUUUACGAGAACAUGUCUGCAAUUAGGUUUGCAGUCAUUUACAAACCAAAUAGUGAAUUGGAAGAGACUCACAAAAAGCGUGAUAUGCAAUAUAUGAACCAUGUGUGAAAUAACUGUGAUUGCAGGACUAGCUGUGAUACAACCAUCCAUGCAAGUAUCCUAUGUAGUUAUGGUUUGAAAGAUUUUUGAUUUACAAUGCUUACAGAGGGAUAUGUAUGCAGAAAAGAAAAAGUGCCAAAUAUUGCUUAUAUCUUUAAGAUGGGUUGAUUUAGAGCUAAUAAUGGCAGUGUCUAAAAAAAAUCCACACAUUUCAAAAUACUACAGGCAAAUCAUUGUCUCUAAAUACUGAUUGCUGUAUAUGUGACAGCUACAUAUAGCAAUUGUCAGGUUUAAAUCCUUUAAUUUAUUGCUUGGCAUUUAACAUGAUGGGAAAUUUAAAUCGUAAAUGAGCAGUGUUCAAUUCAGAUUUCUACACGCUUUCCACAUGCGUAUAUGCACACACACUUACUUCUUGAUGACUGAAAUACUGAAGUUUUUUGGAAUGUUGAUCAAGGAACAAAAAAUCUUAAUAGCCUGUAUAAGAAACUGCCUCCUUUUCUUUGGCUGUCCUCUAUCUCUUCUUGCAUGCUAGAACAAUUGCAUUAUCAAUGAACAAUUCAGAAAAAUUUGUAUUUUUCAACCUACUACUCUUGUAUGAAAAGGUAAUAAAAAUAAAAUGUAUGGACAAAUGUUAAGGGUAAUCAAAUUUACUCUUUGUAUUUAAGGCUUCUGCAAAACAAAUAGGUAUCCAAUCCAAAGCCACAUAAAACAUUUUCACUUAAUUGGGUGUAGAGUUUUGAAUUCCAAAAACUUUUAUAGUUGUAUAGUUAUGAACAUUCCCUUCAGUUCUUUUAGAAGACAUUCUUCCACUAAGAAACAGGUGUGGUACAACUUUCAAAACAAGACAGUUGUAUUCAAAGACAACAUUUGACAGUAAUUAAAAAAAAUAUUAUUAACACUUAAAACUACAAAUUUGAACAGUUUGACAAGAACCAUAUAAACAUCUGGUUUGCACUUUGAGCAAGAACCCUAGAAUCUCUACACUAAAUAAAGGGAAAUGGGAAACAACAAAAAUUUAAAUUCAAAGGGCAUUUGAAACUUUGCUGGAAACGUAUCAAAUCAAUCUUUAUUAUGGUCAUAGACCAGUAUACGGAAGGUGGGGUACAGUCAAUUGCUGACAACGUGUAAUAUAUAUGCAGUUUCUCACUUCUGAGAAGCAAUGUAUAGUCAGAAGUCUAUCUUGAAAAACAGUUUUUAACAACGCAAAUUUCAGAGACAAUCAUCUGCUUUUUCCAAUAUGAAUUUAGGAGAUCUAUAAAGUCAUUAUUUAGAUAGGAAAACAUGUUUUGAACAAACGAGAAUGGAAGAAUGAGAGAAUUAUAAAACAAGAUAAUUUUCCUUAUCAUUUUGGCUUGCCACAUAAAUUUGUUUGGAAUUAUCGGGUUUACUCUGGAAUCAGUCUUUGCCUUAAGGAACUGUGCAAAGCGCUCUGAAACUAAAAUUUUAUGUUCCCAAAUAUCCUAUUUCAUGGAAAGACUACAAGAUAGAGGUUAGAAUGGCUCAUUUUAUUGAAAGUGGAUUAUUUUCCCAAAGGAAAUGCUUUCCAUGUUGGAAAGUUUUAACUUUGAAAUAUUUUUCACAUCACUCGAGUCUUGUUUAAAGAAAAAUCUAAAUCCAGUAUGAUCACCUGAACCAACCUUCUAUCUAAAGGAUAUAGAAAAUGAGUACGUAGAACAUGCCCAAUAUGACAAAUCUGGAAUAUGUUAACCAACCUGUAUCAGAAUGUAGCAUCUGGGUGCAGAGAACUUAUAUUCGGUAAUAUGAAAUAUAUUUGCAUUAGAUACUCGUUUCCCAAAACAUUAGUUUUGCUACCAUUAAUGAGAAAAGUGAAAUACAUCAGGUGUAUGGUUUUAUAUUAUAUAUAUAUAUAUAUUCUGAUUUAUUAAAUUUCUCAAGAAUGAGAUAUGCUUACAGACGAUGUCAUUUAGAAAUGAUACUGCAUCAUCUAUCCAUUAAAAAUGCUUCAACUCC